AUGUCGUGGACAAAGAUCUGUUCCAAUAAUCCAUUCUUUAGACUUUUAUCUGUUGAAUAUAAAAAGAAUAUUGAAUUAUUAUUUAAAGAAUAUAUAAGAUAUUAUUUGGAUAAAAAUAUUUCAAAAAGAUUUACAAUACGGGAUUGGUGGUAA